AUGAAAACAAAGGAAACAGAAGACAAAGACAACGAAGGAGUGAUCUCAACGGUCGAUUAUAGCUUAGACUCAUUCCCUCUUGAUCUGACGAUGGAUAUACUCUUAAAACUUCCUGCAAAAUCCCUUCUCGUGUGCAAAAGUGUAUCGAAGAAAUGGUGUUCCAUAAUCCGUAGCCAAAUAUUUAUAGACACUUUCCUAUCAGUGUCUAUCUCUCGACCUUUAUUCCUUUUCACCUACCAACACUACUCUUGGAAUGAUAACUACGAUAACCAAUUGAUCAUCUUGUCCUCGCCUCAUCAUAUUUCUCAUCCAGAAUCAAAUGAUUCAUCAUCACUAGUGCCCAGGCACGAGAUGGCGAUGUCAAAAACGUCUCCGGAUCGAUACAUAAUCCAUUCUUGUGUUCGUGGCUUUAUAUACUGUUCUCAUCACCAUCACUACAUGGUAUGUAAUCCAACUACAAGACAAGUCAUAAGCUUACCCGAGGAUCAUCGGUUUGAUCAUGAUACAGUGAAAUAUUAUAUGCAUUUGGGAUAUGAUCUAAGCAAUGACAAGUACAAAGUAUUACGAAUGGUGGUCACGCAACCAUGGAGAGACAACUUAGUCUCUGAGCAUAGUGUAUAUACAUUGGAACGUCAACAAUCUUCUAAUGUUCCGUGGAGGCGCGUUGAAAGUGGUAUCUCUAAUUAUACUCCUUGUUCUAAGGGUGUAUACAUAAACGGAGUUGUGUAUUAUGAAGGUAGGACAACGAGCUCUAUGAUAUUGGUUACUUUUGAUUUUGAUUCUGAGCGUUUUGGUCAGAUUAAACAACCAGAAGAAACGUUAACUUGUCUAGCAGACUACAAAGGGAAAUUAGCAGGCCUUAGUUUUUUAAAUGAAACUAGUUUUAGGUUGUUGGUUCUCGAAGAUGUGAAGGAGCAAAUUUGGUCGAAAACGGAUAUUUUUUAUUUUCCCGAUACAUUUUGGCAUCUAGAAGAAACAUUUUCAGGAACUACUGAUGCUGGAGAACUCGUUUUUGGGGGAAAUUCGUAUGCUGAUGGUUUAUAUGUUUCAUUUUUCGAUAUAAAGACAAAGGUGAUGAGAAGAGUUGAGAUUGAAGGAUUCACAGACGAUGAUGAGUUGAGAUGGUGGCGUAUAAGUUCAUGGACCAACUAA